UAGGGUGUAUUUAGAGGGGGUGGAGCUGGAGAACCAAAUCCAAAUCCAAAUCCAUACACAAGAACAGUGGGCUGUGGGGAGAGAGUCGAGCGGUAUCAAUUCACCUUUCCCCAGUUUCUCUCUCAUAAUUUCCUAUUAACAGUCCAGAAAAAGUUUAUCUCAAUCUCGAAUAAUUAGAAUUUCUUCCCACGCCGCUCAAAAUGAACAAGUUGGGAAGAGGGCAGCGGGAAAAAGUUCAGCAAUUCCUGGCAAUUACGGGGUCCAGUGAAAAAGUUGCCAUUCAGGCACUGAAAGCCAGUGAAUGGAAUCUUGAAGGAGCAUUUGACUUCUUUUACAGCCAGCCACAAAUUAAAUCAGCUGAUACGAGACAUCUGGAAGAGCUUUAUAAUAAAUACAAAGAUCCAUAUGCUGAUAUGAUUUUGGUUGAUGGAAUCACUCUGCUAUGCACUGACCUUCAGGUUGAUCCUCAGGAUAUUGUCAUGUUGGUAGUCUCAUGGCAUAUGAAGGCAGCUACUAUGUGCGAAUUUUCAAAGCAGGAGUUCAUGGGCGGUUUACAAUCUCUUGGGAUAGAUUCACUGGAUAAGUUCAGAGAAAGAAUAUCAUUCAUGCGAUCUGAACUAAAAGAUGAACAAAAAUUCCGAGAGAUCUAUAACUUUGCAUUUGGAUGGGCAAAAGAGAAAGGUCAGAAGUCUUUGGCAUUGGAUACAGCAAUUGGGAUGUGGCAGUUGCUAUUUGCAGAGAAGCAGUGGCCACUAGUUGAUCAUUGGUGCCAGUUCUUGCAGGCACGACAUAACAAAGCCAUCUCACGGGACACCUGGUCCCAACUGCUGGAGUUUGCAAGGACCGUGGACCAUGCAUUUUCAAACUACGAUCCUGCAGGUGCUUGGCCAUAUCUCAUCGACGAAUUUGUUGAGUACUUGACCGAAAAUAGCAUAAUUCAAAAGGGUAAGUUGAGUGAUUGGAGCUACGAGCUUUGAGGGGUUGCUUUCCCUUGGAUCGAUGAUUAAAUCAGGAGUUGGCUUCAAAUGGAAUUGUAUACCCAUAUUUUUACUGACCAUUUUAUCGAUUUUGGAAUAAGCAAUUACUGAUUUGGUUUGUAUAAUUUAAUAGAUGCACUUGACUAUGAGUGGCAAUAUUUAUUUGUUGAAUUAGUACCUAUCCUUUUAGAAUUAA